UUGAUUGCGAAAAUCGCGCCGUCCCCGGAUUCCGUCGUCGUCUCGUGAAACAGCAGCAAGCUUGUGCAGUUUCGGGAUUUUUGAUGCGUUGCGUGUGCUACAGAUUUUGAGUUUUUCUCCAGUUUUGCAGAAAUUGAUUACGAAUUUCAACCUUCCUGGAGGAAAAGUGUCCGUAGCAGUUUUCCGCAUCCGUCCUUCCUAUUUUCCCCGGUUGGUGUUGGUUGGUUAUUCGGCAGAUUCGGAACCAAGAGAUUUUUUUUGUUGAGAUUUGUUCCUAAGUAAUUACUCUAAACGGAAUCUUCCGAAAACAAAAAUGACCGGCACAGAAAACAAAGCGGUCAAGGCCGUAGAUUCGGCUUCCGAUGGCGAGGACCAGGUUCCAGAUUUUCUGGAAGAUCCGGCAUACAUGAGCUCGGCUUCCCGUCGUCUGAUGAUGAAGGAAGUCGUAAAAGCCCUUCCGGACAAGGUCCAACAUAAAGUCAAUGCCCUGAAACAUUUGCAGAAAAAGUAUCUGGCCCUGGAGGCCAAAUUUUUCGAGGAAGUAUACGCCUUGGAGUGCAAGUAUCAGGAGCUGUAUCAACCUCUGGUUGACCGUCGGAAAAAUGUAAUCACUGGCGAUGCGGAACCGGAAGCCGGUGAGGCCGAAUGGGUUGAUCCCGAGGGUGAGGAGGACAUGGAGCUGGAUGCCGAGGUUACCGAAAGGUUCAAGCGUAUGGCUCUCAACUACAAAAAUCAACACUCCAAUCUCAUCAAGGACUCGAAGGGUAUUCCGGCCUUCUGGUUGACGGUGUUCAAGAACACCCAAACGAUGGCCGACAUGAUCCAGCCCCAUGACGAACCGGUUCUGGCCUUC